UUGCUCUAAUAAAGACUAAAAAACUUUUCUUUGCAAAAUUGUUGAAAUUCUUAACUUGAAGAUGCUGGAAAUCACAGAUUUUCGUGAUUUUUCAAUUUCAAAUUGGUACGAUAAAUUCAAGCACAUAUCAAUGGAGACAAUCAUGAUAGAAUUGCCAGAUGAGUUGUUGAAAAGAAUCCAAGCUGAUAUAAUCCUUGCAGAUGAUUCCGAAGAGGAAUCUGAGCCAGAGCUACAAAACCAGGAUUCUCCAGAACCCUUGUCAGCUGAAUUCGUCCAAACAUUCAAAAAUGCUAUGAACCGUCUGAAUAACAGUGCCUUUGUGAAAAAUAACUGGCAUGCACCAAUAGAUGCAAAAAUGUUUAGUUUUGGGAAUAACCUGAAAGUGUCCAACAUAGAAGAUGUUAUACUGUAUUUCACUAGUUCUGGAGUGAUACAGGAUGAUUUUUCAAACAUCAAAGGCAUUCCAUUCUGUAUAGCUUUGAGAAAAUGGAUAAGCUUACAUCCUGCAGCUGAGUUUCGCUGUAUAGUGAUCAACAAUGUUCUAAGAGGCAUUACUCCUAGAGACUGGCCAACAUACUAUGCACAUUUCAAAGAAGAAGGUCCUAGAAUAAUAGAGCAACUGAUGAGCUUUUAUAUUGAAAACAUCAAAAUUACAUUCCCUAGAGAAAACUAUAUAUUUGAUGUGGUCUUUCAGUACCCAGAUAGACCAAUUGUUGUUGAUUUUGGACCCCUCAAUUCCAAAACAAACUUGUAUGCAUUUAGCUGGAAGGAAAUACAGCCUUUGAUGGGCAAAGAUGUCCCUGAGGACUUACCACCUGUUUUCAGGUAUUUGGAGACUGAUAUUGGAAUAAUGAUGAAGGCUGAUGCUCUGAAUAAAUUUGCAAAGUGUCAUUCCUGAUUAAAACAAUCUGUGGGGUACCACUCUAGGCCCUGAAGAAAUGGAAGGAAAUAUUCACCUGAUUGUUGUGU